AUGCUUUUUACGGCUGGCCUUUCUGUCAUGUAUUGUCUCUCGGUGGUUAGAGACUUUGAUCUGGAAACCGUGAUCACUGGAACACAGAGCGUGACAAUCUGUGAAAAUGCAUUGAAACAAAUGGUGGAAGAGCUACCAGAUGCGAAGCGCUAUGUUGCCGUGUUUGAAGCACUCAGAGCAUAUGUUGUACGCAAGUACACUACUGCGAUCAAUUUCCACCCACACACCGAGCCCCUGUUCCGAACGACAGAGUCAAUUCUACAUGACCAGUACACUGAACUUGCAAAUGGAUCUCUGUUGAAUCCUCAACCCCCGAUCUCUGCCCGGGGUCCAGCUUCUUCCUUUCACAGUAUACGCCCAACCCACGAUUCCCAAGUUUUGCAGAACGAACUAGACGUCGCGUCCGUCCCCAACAAUAACAACAACGCGCAAAUGCAUACAGAUGCACCGGUCUCUGAGGGAUCAAUUCUAUCAUUUGACAUAUUCGGAGAUGAUGCAUUAUGGAACAUGGAAGCAGGGUUGAGUGAAUAUGCUUGCGGUGAUCCGCCAGCUAAUCUAUACUUGGAAAAUCCUUUUGACUUGCAAUAUACUCUCUAG